AUGAGUGGUUCGGAAGCUUCAAGUGUGAGCUGCAGUAUCGGCGGCAAGACUUGCCAGGCUGGCGAGUACUGUGAUAAAAUAGGAUGUUGUGAACGACGGUACUGUGCAGGCGGGCAUACGCUUCCUGUGGACAAUCCUAACACUUCAGACAAGCUGGAGCUCAGUACAUGUAGCAGCAAUCAGCAAUGCGAGCAACUUCAUAACGAUUCGUACUGCUCAGCUCUAGAAAAGGGAGACAAAAAAUUUUGCUGUCCCGUCCCGUACUCGAAGAUGUUCAAAAACGAUGGAGCUUUCCUUCUUCCUACCAAGGUUCUCGGUCAAUAUAAGGAACCUCCAAGCAAGCUGAAAAAUGCACUUUCUGAUGCGGGAGAACUCAGCAAGAAAUGCGAGAAAAAUUCGGAAUGUGGAGAUGAAGAGUUCUGUGACGAAGUGGUGCAACGAUAUGCAGAAUACGAAAAAAACGUGAACAAACUUGAAAAAUAUGCUCCUAAGAUAUGCUUUCCAGGUGCGUUUCAUUUAUGUUAUUGA